AGUCUUCUUUUCCGUGCACUGUAAGGUGCUACAACGAUGACCCAUAAAUCCAAGCGAUCGGACAAGGUCAGCGGCUCGCCGUUAAGAAAGGCCCAUUCGAGUCCUUCGAUAACUGGGGCGGAUCGUUUCGCUGGCCCCCAGCCGUUCUCAAAAGAAUUAGCAGCUCGAGCAGCAAGACACGACACUGAGAUUCCAGAGAGGUGGAUGUGCAUUGUAGCCCGAAGAGAGAAGAUCAACUAUGCGGUGGGGCGGAUUGUCGACGUUGGGAGAAUUCAGACAAAGGCAGAUGGAUGGGUUGUAAAAUCGGUGGCCAAUGCGCUGUAGCUUGGCUGGAGCCAGACUGUUCAAAGGACGUCGCGAUCAUAACCGGUUGAUGAGAAUAUAUGAUAUGACCAUGAAAUCUA